GAAUUGUUUGUCCUCCUUCUAAAAGACAAACUGAAUGAGAUUAUCUAUAAGGCUAGUGUGGCAAAGUUGGAAACAUCUGUUUCCUUGUAUAGUGACAAGUUGGAGUUGAAAGUGCAUGGUUUUAAUGACAAACUCCCAGAUCUUCUACCAAAAGUUUCGGCAGCAACCAAGUCCUCACCCGAAGAUGACCGCUUUUUGGUUAUAUCAAGGAAGAUAUGGAAAGAACUUUGAAGAACACUAACAUGAAGCCCUUGAAUCAUUCGUCAUACUUGAGACUCCAAGUUUUGUGUCAGCAUUUCUGGGAUGUGGAAGAGAAACAAUGCCUAUUACAUAACUUAUGUAUCGCAGAUCUGAAGGCUUUUCUUCUAGAUCUUCUUUCCCAGGAUUCAAUGGCUAAUCAAUCUAAAAUCGAUGACCUUACAAUUGAUGGUAAUACAACCACUAAGAAAAGUCACGAUGAGGAUCGACAGAACAAAGAUGAUGAAGCUGAGAGCGAUGGACUUCAAGAUGUAGACAGUGAUGAGCAUUAAAGCUUUGGGCUAUAUCUUUCAUAUCAAUGCGUAUAUACAUUUAGUUAACUUUGAUUGUUUAUACUUUAGCUUGAAACGCACGCAAAUGAUGAACUAAUUUUGAGAUGUUGGUUUACUUUCUAGUAAAUGGGUUAGUUACGU